AUGCGCAGAUACAGGCCUGGAGGAGGCCCCGUGAGGGCUCAUGGCGGCGUGCCAGUGCCUGAUCCCUUUGCCAUGGUGCGCGCAUACGACAGCGACUCCAAUCCCGCCCGCCCCAUACGACCCUCCCCGCUGGCCGCCUCGACUAUCCAGGGUCUCCCGCUAGACCUGCUCGACCGCCUGCGCUCCUUCCCGCUGUUCCAACAAGCACCGGACUCGUUCCUCACACAGGUCGGCCUGCAUCUCAAGCCCCAGCUGUACCAGCCUCAUGACACGAUUCUCACCGAAGGCGAGACGGGCAAGGCAAUGUACUGGCUGGUCCGCGGCGCUGUGCGCGUGACCUCGCGGGACCAAGAGAGCACAUAUGCAGAGCUGAAGCCCGGUGCUUUCUUUGGCGAGAUUGGCAUCCUCAUGGACAUUCCCCGCACCGCCACCAUCAUCGCCAACAUGCGCUCCCUCGUCGUCCGCCUGAACAAGGAAGAUCUCAUGAAGGAGCUGCCGGCGUUUCCCGAGGUCGAGGUCGCUAUCAUGCACGAGGCACAGGAGCGACUGGCCAUCUUGCAGCGCAAGAAGUCGGAGAUGGGAGCCAAACGGCCCGCCAUGCCCAUGCGCCAGAUAACGGGCAAGCGCGAUCGCGAAGACGGCGACGUAGUCAUGGCAGAGAGUGGCACUCUGCGCGAGGGCGAGGUCAAUGCCUUCAAGAAGAGGAAGUCUCCCAGCCCGGGUCUCGCUGAAGCCAUAGCUCAUAGUGCCUUUGGAAGUGGCAGCAUGCACGUGAGACCACUGCUCAAGGAACUGCCUCUCUUCUCCGAGCUGCCCGAUGACAUCCUACACUUCAUUGGCAUGCGCGCCCAACCCUGCUCUUUCGACCCCUUCACCGACAUAAUCCGACAGGGCACACAAGGACGUGAUGUCUUCUUCAUCGUCAAGGGCGAAGUCGAAGUCAUCAACAUGAACAUGCCAGAGCAGAACGGUUACACCUCGCCGAACGCUGGGCGUAGGAAAUCCAUUGCAGCGGGCGAGCAACAUUUUCAGGAGGUAAAGGCCCGAUUGAAGCCUGGGCAAUACUUUGGCGAAGUCGUCAGUCUCUCGCUUGCGCCACGCCGCACGGCUACGGUCCGCUCCGUGUCGGCCGUUGAGUGUUUGAUGAUCAGUGGCGACACGUUGAACCAGCUGUGGGACAAGUGUACUCCCGACGUACGUAGGCAGGUUGAGAAUGUUGCCAAAGAGCGGUUACAAACUGCCAAGGACGAUGAUGUACAGAUGCUCGAUGCGAAUAGCACACCCAACAUCCACGACCUGGCCAUAGCAGAUCACAUAAUACCACGAACACCACGACGCAAGAAGAGCGUGCCGACCGUCACCUUCAAUGACACAAUCGAUAUCGAUAGCCCGGUGACACCCACCCGGAGAGACGAGAAGAUGAUGGAACCGUUCGAUCCUGAUCCAUUUCUCAACGUCGACCUCGACAAUGUCAGGUCGAGAUCUAGGAGAGGGUCGCUCGCCCCACCACCUCCAGGAUCAAUGCCCGAUUCGCCAUCCAGCCCAGCUAAGACCGACUUUCCCAAAUCCCCAUCGCCUGGAGGAUCUCCCCUUUCCCCCUCGCCAUCUUUCACGAUAGCGAAGCAUGCGUCCACACCGCCAGAAAUGCCCUUUGACUUCAAGCGCCCUCGGCUUGUCAACAGGCCGAGCAUAUAUGGGAGAGGCAGAUUGCCUGAUUCAGUGCUUAUCAAAGUUCUCGCAAAUCUGGACAUUCACCAGCUCAUGAAGUUGCGCGCAGUCUCCUCACAUUGGAACAAGCUAAUAUCCGAAUCACCGGACAUACUCCACGACCUUGACCUCACCAAGUACAACCGCAAAGUCACGGAUCGAGCGCUAGUAGAUGUAAUAUGCCCCUUUGUAGGCAGCCGUCCUCGAUACAUCAACAUCAGCAACUGCUUCCACGUUACUGACGAAGGCUUCGCUGAGCUCGCCAAAACAUGCGGUCCUAGCGUCAGGAUCUGGCGCAUGAAGAGUGUAUGGGACAUCACCGGCCCGGCCGUCCUAGAAAUGGUGCAGAAAGCCAAAGGCCUCGAGGAAGUCGACCUCAGCAACUGCAGAAAAGUAGGCGAUAACCUGCUUGCUCGUGUAAUCGGUUGGGUGGUUCCUGAAAUGCCACCGCAGAUGGCAAUGGCGCACGCGCAACACCAAGCUCAAAUCAACGGCCGGAAAGGAAAGGGAAACCAACCGGCCCCGCAACCGCUACCCCCUGGUACCGUUGUCGGCUGCCCGAAGUUGAGGAGGUUGACGUUGAGCUACUGCAAACACAUCACCGAUAGAAGCAUGGCGCACAUUGCCGUCCACGCCGCUAAUCGCAUCGAAAGCAUCGACUUGACGCGCUGCACGACCAUCACAGACGUUGGUUUUCAGCACUGGAGCGUGUACCCGUUUCCACGGUUAACGAAGCUCGUUCUGGCGGAUUGCACCUAUCUGACUGACAAUGCGAUUGUAUAUCUUACGAAUGCGGCAAAAGGGCUCAAGGAACUGGAUCUGUCAUUCUGCUGCGCCCUCUCCGAUACCGCAACCGAAGUCCUCGCCCUCGGUCUGCCUUCCCUCACGCACCUCAACCUCGCUUUUUGCGGCUCGGCCGUCUCCGAUACGUCGCUUCGUUGUAUUUCGUUACAUCUCCUCGAGUUGCGCAAUCUCAGCGUACGAGGCUGUGUUCGCGUUACAGGAACUGGUGUGGAAGCGGUUGUGGAGGGAUGCCGCGAUCUGGAACGCUUUGAUGUCAGUCAGUGCAAAAACUUGGGAAGAUGGGUCGAAGCUGGGGGUGUGGAGAGUGUGAAGAGUAGGGGGCGAAAUGUCAAACGAUGA